CGAAGCCUGAAACAAGACUUCACGAUCCACCCACGACGGCAACACAACCUUGGAGCGCACAGGACGCCGGCGACGGGAAAUACGGCUGCGAGUGACGCGGUGGCAGCAUUCAUGGACAGUGUGCUAUUAUUAUGUUUGAAGUAACUACAUUUUAUGGUUUUUUUCCGUCAAGCUUUUUUUGACGUCCACGACUCAACUCUUCUCCGCCACAUCGCGGCUAUCCUCUGUUACGCUCAUUGGCCGCUAUUGACAACACAAUUGUCUUCUCAUUCUUUAAUUUGGUUCCACCGAUGUUGUUUUGAUGUUAAAAAAAUGUGUUGAGACCGGUCUGGAUCCACUGACUCGUCUGGUUCUCGGCCUGAUCGGUCUAGGUUUUAAAACACCAACUUGAAGUAUGCAUAUGCAUGGACUCAGAGCAAGUGUUGCUCAGCGCUCAAUUUCAACUUGUAAAUCAAAGUGGCAUCAUCAUCAAUAUGUCCAUAAAGCUGCAAUUAAAUUCUAUCGAAAUAUCACCACUACAACGAUAGGAUCGUCGGCAGGAUCCUCUCUGCAACAGCAAAUUGUCAAGGCACUCCGCUCCGAUGAGAGAAAAAAGGCUUCACACUUACUUCAGGAUUUUGGUCACAGAAGCCACUCAUUAUCGGCCGAUGAUUUUGUUAAUAUUUUUAAGUACUGUGCACAAUCUCCUGAUCCACUGUUUGCUAUGGAGAUCUGGAGACUAAUGGAGUUAAAAGACAUUAGCAUAGAUAACACAUGCUCAUCUCUCAUGAUGCGGGCCCUUUGUAAAGGUGUUUACACGGAAGAGGUCUUUAGUAUCAUGGAUUUUCUUGGAGAAAGUCGGUGUUUCUAUCCACUUCUUCCACUGUACAAUAGUAUUUUAAGCUCCUACAUAAAAAAUCAGAAUUUAAUUCAAGCAAGAAAAUGUUUGGACUUGAUGGAAAAGCAGAUGAUGGGAAAGAGUGAAGUUACAUAUACUGCACUUCUCAAGCUUGCAGUUUUGCAGAAAAACUUGCCCUUAGUCCAUAUAGUUUGGCAGGAGUAUAUUAAAGUUUACAGUAUGAGUGUCAUUUCUCUGCGUAAAUUCAUCUGGUCAUUUACAAGGUUAGGAGAUCUACAAUCUGCGUAUAGAACACUACAACAAAUGGUGUCAUUAGCCAUGAAGGGAAAUAUUUCCAUUGGUAGGACAGUUUAUGGGAAGUUGUAUUCUACUAGAUUGGACAUCCCUGUUCCUUCAAAUGACGGGCUCUGCUCAACCAUAUUGGACCUGAGGAAUAGCAAACAACACGGCUCUUGUAUACUCGCUCCUCCUAUGUAUUUACCAGACACUAUUUCUGCAAGCAUGGAGCAGCAAGUUAUUUUGAUGGAUAAUGGAAAAGCUAAAUGUGCUGAAAAAAAAAGGCUGAAUGGACAAAAACACUCACUGCUUAUGAAGGUUCUUAGGUGGUCUUUUAAUGAUAUAAUACAUGGGUGUGCAAAAGAAAAAAAUUAUAUGCUUGCAUGGAAGCUUAUAUUACAGAUGCAAAAUCUUGGUUUGCAGCCGUCCAGCCAUACAUAUGAUGGAAUUAUUAGAGCAAUUGUUUCUCAAAGAAGUUUUGGGGAUGCCAUGAGAAUGUUUAAAAAAAUGCAACAGGAGAAUUUGAAGCUAUACGAUUCAACUCUAGCUACGCUUUCAAUUACUUUCAGCAGAGAACUACAGUUAGAUUUAGCAGAGUCUUUGCUGAAUCAAAUUUCUGAAUGCUCGUAUCCACAUCCUUAUAAUGCUUUGCUGGCUUCAUGUGAUGCACUGAAUCAACCUGAGCGUGCUGUGCGAGUGUUUGCAAAGAUGAGGAAAAUAAAACUUUUACCUGAUAUGAGAACAUAUGAGCUUCUGUUUUCAUUAUUUGGCAUUGUUAAUGCCCCGUAUGAAGACAGUAAUAUGCUAUCACAGAUGGAUGCUGCUAAAAGAAUAGAUGCUAUAGAAAGGGAUAUGGCAAAUAAUGGCUUUCAGCAUAGUCAUCUUUCAUUGAAAAAUAUAUUGAAAUCCCUUGGAGAAGAAGGGAUGAUAAGAGAGCUGGUCCAAUAUUUACAUGUGGCGGAGAAUCUUUUCAUAUAUAGUAACCCUUCAUUAGGAACUGAUAUGUACAACAUAGUGUUGCAUUAUCUUGUUGAAGCGCAAGAAAGCCACAAGGCAAUUGAAAUUUUCAAGAAGAUGAAGUUGUGUGGUUGCCACGCUGAUUCCACUACAUACAAUAUAAUGAUCGACUGUUGUAGCAUCAUCAGAAGUUAUAGAUCUGCUUCUUUGUUGAUUUCAAUGAUGAUACGGGAAGGGUUUUGUCCAGUGGCUUGUACAUAUACUGCUCUCAUUAAGAUUUUGUUGGAAGAUGAGAAUUUUUAUGAAGCCUUGAAUGUUCUGGAAAGAAUCAAAUUGGAUGGUAUCAAACUUGAUGUACUGCUAUUUAACACGUUUCUCCGUCAAGCAUGUUACAAGGAAAGGAUCGAUGUAAUUGAGUUUAUUGUGGAGUUUAUGCACCAAGAAAAAGUUCAACCUAAUCCAACAACAUGCGGCUAUGUCUUCUCUGCAUAUGUAAACUCCAGUUUUCACAAUACAGCAAUUGAAGCAUUGCAGGUUUUAAGUUUGCGUAUGAUGUCUGAAGAUGGAAACAUACUUAAUGAGAGGAAAAGCUUUGUGGAUGAGUUCAUCCUUGAUGAAGAUUUGGCUUCUGAGUCACACCUUUAUAAAUUAUUUGAAGAUUCUGAAGAUGAAGUUGCCAUAGCGUUGUUGAAUUUAAGAUGGUGUGCUAUAAUUGGGUUUCCAAUAUGUGAGUCAGCUGACCAAAGCCUAUGGGCUAAAAGACUCGAGUCACGGUUCCAAAAGAGGUUAGCGUCUGGUUCCGGAAGUGGAUAGUCAUUGUGAUUUGUGAGCCCGUGUUCUAUGAAUAGGGACGAGAAUAGGCCAGGCCGACCAACAGGGCCUACAGUUUAGCCUACGUCAAGCCCAGGCCAGACCAUGCCUCUUUUAAAUAGAGGAGACCAAGUCUAUGGAGAUGCUCAGAUAAAAUUGUUGGGAGUUACUUUUUCCGCCCUAUCAGUUACUCAAACAUUGUCCACUACUUAAGUAGCGGAUAUG